AUGCGCCCAGGAGUACCGUGCACCCCCCCCUUCCCACCCACCCCCAGCGCGGGGGACUCAGGCUCCCGCAAAGGAACGGAGGCCCAGCAGUGGAACGGAGUCCCGGGGGUGGGGGAGGGGGCCUGGGCGCACGCGCACACGCGAGGGUCCCCUUGGCAACCGGACAACAGCAGCACCAAGGAGAGCGCAGGCCAGGGCUCGGAAACAGCACCAGCCACAGGUCACCAUCAAGCGCGCCCAAGACUGCGGCGGCCCUGGCAGAAAGAGCGGCGGCUGCCCUCAGCGGCCCGACCCAGCGCUCGCAACGGCCGGACCUUCUGGGCAUGCAUGGAAGUCGUUUACCAGACGGUGCUGUCUAGUACGUCUUAUAAGGCCAGACUUCCGGACAGCGUUUCAUGUUCCAUUACAAAAUUAGAGCCAAGAAAAACCUAUCCCUUAAGAAGAAGGGGACAGGGUGCAAAAAGAUGUCAACCAAGAGAUCUUGCAAGACCUAAAAAAGUAUGGCGGUCACCAGAUAGAAAAUUGAUUUGGGGAAACCAAGAUACUAUCAAACCUUUAACUCUGGGUACUUUGAAUGCGAAGCUAACUAAAAGACUCGAACAACUUGCAGAACCUAAGAGAAUUCCCAAACUACAUGUACCUAACAGGCCUGAAUAUCAUAAUAGUUGGGGUCGAGGAUCUGUAAUCUGGAAGCUUCCUACAAAGACAUUUUUUCAUUUUCCAACUCCCCGCAUUGAAAAUCUGGCAGAACCAAAGCAUUUGCAGGAAGAAUUCGUACGAAAAAGGCCAUAUAGCUCCCCUGAAUGGCAUGUGAAAGAUCCUUCACUCAUCCCUGAGGCUUCUGUCCGGGUAGUUCAACUCUCUGUGGCUAAAUCUACACAUCCAGACUUUGUUGCUCCCAAACAGGUUGAAACAAAGAUUACACCUGCUGCUCUACAUGCAUUUCCCUCAUCAAGAGUGAUUUCUCUCUCAGAACCAAAGGUCAAAACAGACACAUUAUAUUUUGAAAGAGGAAGAAAUAAUUCGCCAAUUCGCCCAGUUUCUACUGCUGCCAUGGUGGCCCAUCCCAGUCCUCGGACAAUGAUUCUAGCUAAAGCCAAAACUGUGCAUGAUGAUUACCUCCCGAUGCGUCCAGUUCAACAACCAGUACAACGCGCCGCCCUAAAAUAUGUUCCAUCACCUAGGAUUGUAGUAUUAUCUACCCCCAAUUCAAGAACUCCUCUGACUAUGAAUAGUAUUAACCUAGAUGCCUUUAAAGUUAAGGAUGCCGCAAAGGUAGCAUUUUGCUCACCGAGAAUAGUGAAAUUGGCAGAGCCUAUCAAACGUUGAAAGGGUGGAACAAAAUACUUUCAGCACCACUUAUGUGUCCUGAUUUCCUCUUAAGAUGUCUGGCUCUCCUUUUAUGCAAGAAAACAUUCUAUGAGACCUCUGGGAGAAUCACUGUAAUAAUUAAACAGCAGUUGUUACUUCUGAA